AUGACUUUAAAACUAUUGCAUGAACAUACAUCCAGGUUAUUGAACUGUUAUCACACAGUAGAUGCAUGGUUCCAGUCCUUUGGUGAUCUAUCUAGUAAAUCAUUGUUUUCACCUACCAGGAAAAAUGAGAUACCAGUCUUAUUUGAUAGGUGUAGAGGGUGGGGUUUGAGACAUCAGAGAUUGAUGUUUAAGGGAGUUUUGUAUACGUUCAUUUCUGGUUCUGCACACGUUUCAUACACCAACAUAGGCUGUAGUCAGUUUUUAAAAUUAGCAAAAUUACUUGACACCAAUACAUUUGAUAUGUUUAACUAUGUCCCAUAUAUAAACUACUUCUGGCUUGUGACCAGUUUGAACAAGAAUUCUGUCACCUUUCAAGAUGCCUUUUCAGAAGGAUCUGGCUGCUGA